UAUCCCAAUCCUGGUAUUGUAAAGUUAAAUGUCGAUGGUGCUGCCGAAGGUAAUCCUGGUCCAGCUGGUGGAAGGGCUGUUUUGAGGAAUGAAAGGGGUGGCGCUAUCCUUACAGCAUCCUUUUAUUAUGGGGAGUGUUCGAACAUGAAGGCUGAGUUUUGUAGCCAUGGCAUGAUGGAGGAAGAUAUUUGGGUGGAGUCUAAUUCACUGGUUUUGUUGAAUCCUAUGCUUGGUAAUGUGGAGUGUGCAUGGCAUUAUUUGAGUAUGCUGUAUCAAAUUAAAGAUUUAUUUGGCAGAUUGAAACGUCAAAUACGUCAGGUGUAUCGAGAGGAUCAAGUGUCUUCUGUUUUUACUAGGAGUAAUAUGCCUAGGUUGGUGACUAAUCUGCUAAAGCGUGAUCAGAGGAAGCUUCCGGUGUCAAGAGCAAAGAGGGUGUUAAAGUGUGUGUAUGAGUGAGGGCUUUGGUUUGAUUGUAUGUUUCUUGUAUCAGUUGUGUAUUUUGUUUGGUUGUUUUGAGGGAUUAAAGCCAUUGUGUGGUUUUUUACUUUUG